GGUUUAUUUGCAAAGAUAUAAGUUAUGAAGGCGUGAUAAGAGAAACAGUCUCUGGCAGCUACCGGAGCAUCGCUGAUGGCAGUAAAUGCCUAACAUAAAGGGACAACAUCGCCGAUGAAAAGAAGGAAAUGCACGAAUGAGUGAUUCCAUCCCCGUCAUAUGAUGUUCGGAGACAUUGUCAUCGAGCGCCAGCCCGUCUCUGUGUGUGUGCCUGUGAACUUCAAGGUGACCCUGAGUGUCGGUGCUGUGGCUGCGGGCAUCCUCAAGUACCAGUGGUUCAUUUGUGGUGAUGAUGGCGAUACCUACGAGGUGUACGGUGGAACUCAGGCGGAUCUGAUCAUUGAUGCCAUUAAAACUCACUGCUAUGUGUGCCGGGUGCACGAUAACUUUUGUAAUUGGGUGUUCAGUGAGUGGGUGAAAGUGAAGGUGCUGGACAUCGAUGCAGCAGGUUUGCCGCUGCAGUGGCAGGGUGAGCCCCACAUUGCUAUCAACCCCAAACCUCAGACAGUCCAACUAGGUGAGAAAAUUACGCUCCGCUGCGCCGCCUUUGGCAACCCUGCUCCACGCUACCAAUGGUACAGAAAUGGACACCUGCUGUUAAAAAACACUACUGGCACGCUGCAGAUUGAAAAUGCUGAGGCCAAGCAUAAAGGAUCAUACUUGUGCUCAGUUUCUAAUGUGCUGGAAGAAAUAUGGAGCGAACCCGCCGAAGUUGACGUUGUUGAAAAUGAUCAACUUCCUCUCGCAGAAACCAAAGCCGUCGACAAAGUUGCCUUACUUAUCGGCAACUUGAAUUACGCCUAUCAUCCUGGCUUGAUGGCCCCAGUGAUGGAUGUACACGAGCUCGCCAACCUCCUGCAGCAGCUGAAAUUCCGAGUAGUGUCCUUGCUGGAUCUCACCAGGGUGGAGAUGCUGGCUGCGCUGGACACCUUUUUUGAACUCCUCAACAGAGGAGUUUAUGGCCUUUUCUACUACGCGGGCCAUGGGUACGAGUGUGUUGGGAGAAAUUACUUGGUGCCUGUGGAUGCUCCACAACCUUACCGAACUGAAAACUGUGUGUGUGUGCAACGGAUCAUGCUGCAAAUGCAGGAACGACACACUGCGCUGAAUGUUGUCCUACUGGACACCUGCCGCAAAUGGUACAACCAUCAACGCAUCCCAUCAGUCAUCAUGUCACAGAGGCCCAAGGGAAAUACCGUGUAUGGCUAUGGAACGUGUGAAGAUGCUGAGGCUUUUGAAGUCCAGGAUGGAGGCAAAAGUACAGGAAUCUUUACCAAAUACUUGAACAAGCACAUCCUUCAGGCAGAAAAAGUCACGCAUGUCUUAGAGAGGGUGUCUGAGGAUUUAGGCCGAGAUCCUCUGGUCACAGGCAAGCAAGCCGUGGAAAUCAAGCACACCCUAAAGGAACCUCGGUCGCUUGCCGAUCUGGUUCAGACAGCCGGCCACACAAGGGAGCUACAUUUCAGAGAUUUUUGCUGGCAGCAAGCAAAUGAGCUACCAGGGAAGAAUCGGCUAACGUUCCUUUGUGACGUAGAAGUGGAGCUCAGCUUCUCAGCUUUGUUCUCAAAUGUUAUGGUGGUUUUUGGAGUUAUAAAGACCACAGGCCCCAAAACAGACAACUGCACCAUCACGCUGAGUAGCAUACCUCCAAUGGAAGAACUUUACUCUGGGCCUGGAAGGUUUGAGGAGAUGGAUUCGAUUCUAUUCGACGAAGGUGCUAACCCAGACUGUACUUUGCGAGUGUGUGGACUUCAGAAGCUUAAGGAAUCACUGGUCAUCAGGAUGGAUUUACACUAUACGCACAUGGAGAGCAGGCUACGUUUUACAGAGAGCAAACAGGUGGACAUCGGAAAACCUUUGGUGGCCUCCUGUAAAUUGUACGAGACAAUUCAAACCACACCACACAGGAAACCAGACGCUGCUUCCGCCCAGAAUAUAGGAAGAAUUUUACGCCCCAAGCAGACUCAAGCUGGUCCACAUCAGCCCUUUACCCGGAAGGCCGAGUGUGGCGCUCAAGUAGCGCCCUUUACGUCUAACGAACCCGAGGAGAAUGAUGAGAAUGAGCUACAAGACUAGUUAGACUUCAUAUUUAAAACCUUUGUACCGGAAUGUAUGACUUUAUGCGAUUCAUGAUUAUGAAUGAAUGCAGUUUUGUCAUAAGUAAUUAGCUUCCAGUCAUCCAACACUGAAAAACAUCAACACAAAGUAGCCUAUACUCUUGCUAAAUAUACUGUAGUUUAAUCUGAAAGUUUGUAUCGUUCAUUAACUAAUUGUCGUUGACAUUUUUUUUAUAAGUGGCAAAAUGGCCAGCCACAGAUAUGUAUCUAAUAAAGACAAUUAUUUAUCCAACAAA